AAACCAAAAGAAGAAUUCAAACAAUUUCAAUCCCCCCACAAAUUUAGCUCCUGGCGCCCCUCUUUCCCCAAAUAAAAUUCAUCCUCUCUUUCAAAUCCUAUAAAAAUAUCAAAUCUUCAACCGAAUCUAUCAAUCUCUCUGCAAACCCUAACUCUUUAGCGUAACAUCUACGCUCAAAUCCUCCGAUGAAGAAGGGAACCAAGCGAAAAGCUAACCGUAAGGACGACGGAGCCUCCACCUCCGCCGCCGCAACCGCCACCGUUGAACCGCCGCAGCAGGAGAUUACGGAAACUAAGGAGGUUGAAAAGCCUGCACGGAAAGCCAAGCGUGCUAAGGCUUCGAAGGAAGCGGAGCCGGAGUUCUUCGAUGAGCAGCGUGAAUUGGAGGAUUUAUGGAAGCAAAUUUUCCCUGUUGGGACAGAGUGGGACCAGCUCGACUUGCUAUCUGAAUACAAUUGGAAUUUUAAAAAUUUGGAAGAUGCAUUUGAAGAGGGUGGGGUACUACAUGGGAAGAAAGUCUAUCUCUUCAGUUGUACAGAGCCACAAUUGCUCUUUUUUAAUGGUCAAUCAAAAGUAACCUGCAUACCUGUAGUGGUUGCGAUUGUGUCUCCAUUCCCUCCUUCUGAUAAGAUUGGAAUUAACUCUGUACAAAGGGAGUCUGAAGAAAUUGUUGACAUGAAGCGGAUGAAAAUGGACUGGGUCCCAUAUAUUUCCCUAGCAAAAAGGGGUUCUCAAGUUGAAAGACUCAAAUCUCAAAUCUAUAUACUUACUUGUGUCCAAAGAAGGGCUGGUUUAAGACAUUUGACGAUGGAUCGUGUCAAGAAGUUCGAAUACUGCUUACCAUACUUUUAUCACCCCUUCAAGGAAGAUGAGACUGAACAGAGUACUAUUGUGGAUAUCAUGUAUCCAAUUGAACCCAAGCCUGUUGUCUGUGAGUUUGAUUGGGAGUUAGAUGAUCUUGAGGAUUUCGCUAACGAUCUCAUUGCUGCGGAGGAGCUGUCUGAAGAUCAGAAGGAUGCUUUCAAGGAAUUUGUCAAAGAAAAAGUUCGAGAAGGAAAGAGAGCUAAUCGUGAGGCACGAGAAAAGCGUAAGAAAGCUCGAGAGGAAAUGAGUCAAGAGAAAGUGGCUGCAUUUGAGAACAUGAGGUUUUACAAAUUCUAUCCGGUUGCCACACCCGAUACCCCAGAUGUUUCCAGUGUCAAGUCUCCAUUUAUAAAUAGGUAUUAUGGCAAGGCGCACCAAGUGCUCUAAGCAGGUUAUAUGUCCAUGCAAAUCUUGGUGUGGUGGUGGUGGUACUGGCGGCAGCAGCGGCGGCGUUAGGGUGGUUGAAAGAGACUAGGAAAAAGACUAUCCUCAUAUGUCUUUUAAGUUGUAGGAAUUUUGAAAUUUGUGUAAUUCAUGUUGCUUACUUAUGAAUGUUUUAUUUAUUUAUUUAUCAAUGAGAAUGAGAAUGGGACCUACUAUA